CCAGGGCUGCACUCGAAAAGUUGACUCUGUUACAUAUGUUUUCAGGUCUGUUGACAAAUUGUUAAGGUAAAAUGAAUAUUUUACCAAAAAAACGCUGGCAUGUGCGCACCAAGGAGAACAUGGCCCGCGUGCGCCGCGAUCAAGCGGCGGCGGCAGCGGAGGAGAAGGUCCGCCAGGACAAACUGCAGUUCGCUGAGAGCGAGGCACGAAUUAACUUCCUGCGCCGCCAGUCGGGCUUGCCGGAAAAGGUUUCCUGUCCCGAGGAAACCGAGGAAAAGCCGGAAUCCAGCACCGAACCAAGCAGAGGUGUGGAUCUCUUUGCCGACUACAAGAGUGCCGUGAAGACCACCAACAAGGACCUCGAGAAGGAGCAGAAGGAAGAGCAGGAGAAGUACGAGAAAAAGAUUGGCUACCUCACCUAUUUGGGCCAGGACACCAAUGAAGCCCUGAAAGUGCGCAGCUGGUACGAGGUGGCACCCAAGAGGCCAGAAGUGGGAGAUCCCGCCGCUACAGAGGCUUUCCUGAAACAAAAGCUAGCCCACGACCCACUGACCCUCAUCAAUGCCCUGCUGCCGCCGGAGAAGAAGGACCCCAAAAAGGCUACCAAGAGGAGACGUGAAAGGACACCCACCCCUCCGCCAGAAACACCAAGCCCCCACAAGUCCAAGAAAAGCAAGAAGGAUAAGAAGCAUAGCAAGCACAAGAAACACAAGGGGCACAAGAGCAAAAAGGAUUCCAAGGAAGCCCUUCUGGAAGCCGAACGCCAUAAGCGAGAAAAGCUCGAAAGGCUGCGGAAGGAACGCCUGCGACGGGAAACAGCAGAGCGCCAGCGUUCCGAGGCUCUUUUUGCGCCCAAGGAACCAGCUGUGCCCGCCAGUGCAGCAUCCACGCCAGCUCCCACGCCUAGGAUUGUGCAAAAGUACAACAGCCAGUUUAAUCCGGAGAUAGCAAAGCAAAAUAUGCUUUAGUUUGCAACAUAGCAGGGUAUUAUUUAGAAUUUUAACAUAAAAAGGGGGUUGAUCUGUAAAAAAUGAUAAGUUGUAAAUAAAAAUAGUCAUUUAUACUUACCAAGUAAAAAGCAUACAUUUUAAUAUUUGAUUAAUUGUAUAUUAACUAUGAAUAAAUGAUAAUUUUAAACCUA